AUGACAAUGAGAGUGUCCAGAGUGCUUCACUUUUUGGGAGACGCUGCGAGUCAAGAAACACUUGUCAGGCAGGGUUCCUUGGCGGCUCCCAUGGCAGCCUCGCUCGUGGCCUCCCGAGCCACAUCGCUUGCACCAAUAGCAGAGUUGCAUAUUUGUAACAAAACCGGUUUGCAGAAGGUUCCGAACUUGGGACGACGUUCUCCCACGAGUUGCACUUACCCAGGCACACGAAAGGGACAGAGGGGAGGCCGGUUGUUGAGAGGGGAGCGCUCAAUUGAGCAGCAAUUGUCUGCUUCAGAUAGCUGUUUCGCUGGCUGUACUCGGCAAAGAGGAGGAUGGAGUCAACAAUUAGCGGCUGAGGGUUUGGGGACGAGAAGCGGUGGCGGCAAGUUUGUGAGGAAAGGUGGUGGGGGGGUGCGGUGCAGGGCGGAGGACGGGGGGGCUGGCUAUGACCUGAGCUUGGACCCGGCUCCUGCAAAGCAAUUUGGAAGCAGCAGCAAAGAGAUCGACCGGCUCGACUCCCGCGUGCGCGACAGCACGAUGCGCGCAGUCGACGAGCUCGGGCUCCGCGUGACGGUCGGCGACGUCGCGUCGAAGGCAGGCCUCAAGCUCUCCGAGGCCGAGAGCGCGCUCAAAGCGCUCACCGCUGACGCGAACGGUUACCUGGAGGUGUCAAACGAGGGUGACGUCCUGUUCUGUUUACCGAGGGACUACCGGAACGUGCUGUUGCAAAAGAGUUUCAAGUUGCGGGCGGAGCCCUUUUUGAAGAAGGCGGAGGAGGUCGGGUCGUACCUGGUGCGGGUCAGUUUCGGGACGACGCUCCUGGCGUCGAUCGUGCUGGUGUAUACGACCAUCGUGGUGCUUGCCACGUCAUCUUCUAGCAGCGACCGAGACAACCGGAAUAAUCGAAACAGCUACGGAGGCGGGUACUACCGGCAAGGUCCCAGCCUAUAUUUCAACCUCAGCGACAUUCUUUGGUAUUGGGACCCGUACUAUCACCGCAGGCGGCGGGAAACGGGGGGAAGCAUGAACUUUUUCGAGUCGGUCUUUUCGUUUGUCUUCGGCGAUGGGGACCCGAACGCGGGGCGGGACGAGUAUCGGUGGAAGGAGAUUGGUAGAUUCAUUGCGCACAAAGGGGGGGUGGUGACAGCAGAGGAGCUCGCCCCGUUCCUGGACCCCCCCCCGGCGGAUGGUCGUGGCGAAGGGCCUGAGGAUGAGUCGUAUGUAUUACCGGCACUGCAACGGUUUGACGGGACGCCGGAAGUUGACGACCAGGGCAAUCUGGUCUACCGUUUCCCCGCGCUCCAACGCACUGCUAAGGAUCUGUACGGUUGGCCGCUCUUCCGGCGAAGCGAAGGUGCGGACGUCCAAGACGGGGAAGCGUACUAUAAAGAGGACACGUGGUCGCUCAGUAAAGCUCCGGACAGUCAGAAGUUCCUCGCAAUAGGCCUCGGCAUUGCAAACCUGGCGGGAGUGGUCAUUCUCAGCGGCAUGCUCAGGAAUCCGCAGCUGGCGCGAGAACUGGGGAUCGGCCUCGUCGGCUUCGUACAGAAAAGUCUGCCCUUCUUCCAGGGCUACGCGGCAUCCUUCUUUGCGAUUCCGGCGUUCCGCUGGUUCUCGAAUCGGGUGAAAAAUGCGAAGAUCGAGAGCCGAAACAGCGCGCGCCGCAGCCGGGCUAUGCAGCUCCAGCAGCCCAGCGCGCCACUGCGACGAAAGCUUAUCAAUGCAAGGGAAAAGGCCGAGAAGGUGGUCAUUAGUAAAGACAAGGUGAUAUACAGUACAGAGAAGGAUUUGGCGGAGCAAGACAUCGAGGCUGCGGACUGGAUGCAAAGGCUGAGACAACGAGAGGACACGAGUCGGUGAUAGUCUGAGAGUUGUUUUUCCUUGUGGCACUGCUUUAAUUGGUUUGGACAAAAACAGCUAUGCGAGCUGCGAUAACAACUAAAGAGCAUCUAAAAGACUGUAUCAUAAUCUGGCGGUCUGCUUUGGUGAUUAUCCAUUCGUUGACGUAGACACGUCACAUGCGUUCGCACCAGUUCGUAAGGGGUUAGGCGAAGUCAAGCCGGCAAGCCAACAGAUGGUACAGAUGGCUAACGGUAAAGGCCCAUAUUUGUUUGUGUGCAGUGUAUGUCGUAAAUGGAGACGAUACGGAUUGGCCAACAUAGAUGAUCGACCCGGCAAGUUGCAUCUAGGUAAUGGUAUAUGUACCGUCGCACUCGUUGUGCGGACCUAAGUGCAUGCAUGUCACUCAUGUUGGUACGG